AUGGUUGAUGCAGCGGUGGUGAGUAGACUUGUGAGCAGCGACGGAGAUAGUGGUGCAAAAAGUGGAACGCAUUCCGUGAAAUUACCAUCAAAUCGAUUCCUCUAUUAUAUCGAUGAAGAAACGAUACGGAAAAAUGUGAAGGAGCGUGGCUACGCAGAAAAUCCCUCCGUGAAGCAGCUAGCUCAUUCCGACCUCGUAGACGGCAUCUAUGAAGGUUACUUUCUCUACAAACCGCUUGCUGAAUUUCCUUUUUAUGUGUUUUUUGCAGCAAUGCAAUGA